CCUUGAAAAAACUCACGCCGGCCAGUGUCUUACGAGCCCUCUCACCAGCUUCCAUAACACACCUCUCAUCCACCAAUCCUGUUUGCCCCAAGUAGUGCAACCGCCCUUUCCAAGCUUUCAUAUUAUCCUGCCUUGGCCAACCCACCAGUGCUAACGGAGAGAUUCCGACCUAACGGAAGACCUAACUAAGGGAAUCUACGCAGAAGGGAUAGGGCACCUGUGUGCGACGACUGUCCUUGUUGAGCCGCCUCUGUCUCAUCUCCAAACUCGUUUGGGUCUCACACUCGAGAGAAGCGAGACCAUCAGACCAGCCUUUCUCCUGUCGCUCGCACCGCAUCUCUCUUUUUUACGCGCCAUUCCAACGCCCUCCUUUGAGCUACAAUCAUCCAUCACCACUGAAUCCUCAUCGUUGACCAGAUCGCUGCUGCAAUCCAUUUGGCCACGACCGAGGGUUCUGCAGACCUCUUUCAGCUAAAGACCACCUCGUCGACGGCUCACCCUUGAGCGACGUUUUACCAUGUCUUCUAAUACUACCAGUAUGGGCCCGACAGUUCCGGAAACACCAACUCCAACGUCGGGUAUUGAACAACCAUCUAAAACUGCUGACACAUCUGCUCCUCCAGUCACGACGCCAUCGGAACGGGCGCCCUCUACCUCGGAGCACACCACUAACCUUCCUUCUUCCACCGAGGCUCCUCCUCCUCCCACAACAACCAGCAAGGAGCCGUCGACUACCACGUCGCAAGCCCCCCCUAAAACCACGUCCGAGCCUACAACAAGCCAAGGGCCUCCCUCCUCUACCCCACCGUCAUCAUCAAAUAACAAUGGCGGCGGCAACAACGGCCCCUCAAAAACGACCGUCACGCGCUCGUCGACCGCAGCGCCGACAACCCCCACCAGCGAUACAUCUACCGAACCCACAUCCGCGACAUCCGCCGACCCAUCUCUCAACGACGGGAACUCAGGCGAAGGCACCGGCAGCCACGGGCUCACCGGAGCCGGGCGCACCGCCGUCGCAGUCGUAGUCCCAAUCGUGGCCGUAGCCCUGAUCGCCCUCCUCGCCCUCUGGUUCUGGCGCCGCCGCAAGCAACGCAAGGACGCCGAAGAGUUGCGCAGAAAGGAAGUCGAGGAGUACGGCUACAACCCCAACAACGACCCCACCCUCCCCGCCAUCGGCAUGGUCGGCGGCGCCGGCUCGACCGACAACGGAGCCCACCGCGAAGAGGAGUCUGGAUACCGCGGAUGGGGAACUACGACUAAUACGUCUGGCCGCAAGGCAUCGACCACCAUGUCUGGCGGCGCGGCAGGCGCGUACUCCGAGGGCGCACAAUCGCAAGCUCCCGUCUCAGACACACGCUCCGACAACGCCCUCAUCGGCAACGGACGCCCGCACUCUGAUGAGGUCGAGCAGCUCGGUGCUAUGGGCCCAUCCGCCUCCGGGAACAGGGGCGGCGACAUCCACCGCGGCGCGUCUAACGCGUCGUCCUCGUAUAGCGCGGGUCACGCGUCCGAUGGCUCGGAUGAGCAGGCUGUCCUCGGCGGCGCGUAUGGCGCAGCGCAGUACUACUCGAAUGAUGGGCCGUAUGCGGAUCAGGCGUAUGGAGGCCGUGGGGGCGCCGUGGAGGCGCAGGGGCAGCCGGUUAUUAGGGAUAAUCUGGCGAGGAGGGCGACGCGGAUUGAGAACCCGUCGCACUUUCCUACGCAGGCUAGUGCGGGGAUUUCGCAGAAUUUUUAA